AGUGAGUAUUGGUAUUAAUAAUAUUGAGUUAGUGUUAGUGUUGUGUUAGUUAUCGGUUAAUCCACUGAUGAAUGGUUUGACUGAAUAUAUUGAGCGCAAAAUAAGCGCCACUUUUAUUGUUUGACAAAUGAUUUUCAGAUUUCCAUCACUUAUAUAAUCAUUGAUUGAUUUAUUGUACAAAUUGUUGUCUAAUUGUUGACUAUAAUUGUGAUUAACUUAAAUCAAAUAUAAUUUAUAUUUAUUUAUAGUUAAAAAAAACAAUUGAUCCGCAAUUGGUGUCAAUUGUUUUGAUGACAUAUUUCUGUCGGCAAUAUGUCGGACCCGAUUGAAUCAAAAGAAAGUUAUGAAGAUUUGCUCAAACAAUUGAAGCCAUUCUCAGUGGUUUCUCAACGGCUCAGUGCUGAAGAAGCGGCCAAACAUCGGGUGAUAAAUGAUGGCGAUCUUAUCAAAGACGAAGUGGUCAUUAAAGUGAGCACUGAUGAUGACGAUGGCACUGAUUUGAUAGAGGAAGAGGAGAUUGAAGUGGUUUUGGCUGAAAUCGAGACCAAUGUCAACGACGAAUCUCUCAAUGAACCAAAUUACGGUCAAUUUUCGUGCUUUUUCUGUAAAAAGAAAUCGCAAGACUUUGGCAGUUAUCGCGAGGCAUACAGUCAUUUACAACUACACAUCGAUUACUUUCCGAUUCAGUGUUCAAUCUGUGAUGAAGCUAUCAUUGAUGUCCUAUCGUUUGCGAAGCACUGUCGAAAACAACACGAAAAUCUUGAGAAAGCGGUUUAUAUUCAUAAGUUUAACGCAAAUUUUCACAAUUGGAUCCAUACUUAUUUGACUACCGGAACAAACGAGUCUUUCAAAGCUAAUCCACAAAAGUAUUGUCCGGCUUGUGAUUGGAUUCAUUUGAGUGCUCCCGAUGUUAACAAUCCUAACGAUACGAUACCAACUCCUAAACCUUUACAAGUGUUGGGACAUAUUCACGAACACAUCCAUUAUUUACCGUUUAGUUGUAAGAUAUGUCAACAAAAUGGACGCGAAUAUCGAAUACAUGUUUUGGACGGCUGUCGCAAGCAUUUUGGCACCGAUCACAAGGAACUGUUGGAUUCGCCGCCAUUUAAUAGCUAUUUUAAUAAGAAAUAUACUAUAUCUGCUUUAGACAAAUUCAUAUCGAAUUAUUUAGAAAUUUUUGGACUAAAGUGUCCCAAAAUGAAUAAAAAAAGCCGAAAGAGAUCUAAACCACUGUCUAAUACUAAUAGUGAUACCACACCAUCGACUUAUGUGACGAUGAAAACAUCGAUUAAAUCAAGUGAUACAGAAGUUGUGAAAGUGAUACAGACACCAACUAACGCGGGAACAACUAAACCAAAUAUUAUUCAAAUAGUAGAUCCGAUCACAACUUUGAAUAGUUUAUCUAUUAAUACCUCUGUCAAUGAAGUGAAUGGCAAAGUUCUCAUAAGAUUUCCUCAUACCUACGUUUCGGCGAAUCAAAUGGAAACGCCAUUAAUGAUUCUGCCAUCGAGUAAUACUCUUAAAUUAGAACCCAUUGCCGUUGAAAGUACUGAUUUGGGAGUUCUUUGUCUCGAUCCGAAAGUGAUAGAAAUCGAAGACAAAACAUUUCGGUAUUUGUGUGUGUUUUGUGGUAAAGACAAAAUAUUUCCAUCAAGUUUUGACACACAGAUUCAUUAUGCCAUACACUUUGACUACCAUCCCGUUGUCUGUAUGAUAUGUGAUAAACGAUUUAUGGAUUUAAGCACUUUGAUGUCGCAUUAUGUGGUCGACCAUCAAAAAUAUCAAAAUAAUUUAUUCCAUUUUGUCAAAGAGGAUGAAAAAGUUGAGAAAUGGAUUCAAUCGUUCAUUGAUUUCCAGAAGACUCACGAGUUUAAAGGUUUAGUUUCGCCUGUUUAUGGACAACAUUGCUUUAUAUGCGAUAAAUUAGUAAAAACUAAAGACAACAGUUUGACUAUAAAAUUUGAUAAAUUAAUUGUAAAUGAAAUCAGAGAUCAUAUCCAUCAACAUCUAAAUUAUUUUCCUUAUAAAUGUGCCAUUUGUUUGUACGGAGGACGGGAUGUUAAUUUCACGACAUAUAAUAAAAGUGCUGAAAAACAUUUAUAUAAAUUUCAUGGCAUCAACUUUAAUGAUGAUAAGACUAAAAAAGAGAUUUAUAAAUUGAUUAUUAAAUUCAAUGAAAUAUCGCAAUUGGAAAAGUUUAUCGACAGUAAACUAUUCCCCAAUAGGACAUCUGAUAUUGAAAAUCCUAUUGUUAUUAAUUUUAAGCGAAAAUUAGAGGAAAUUGAUAGCGAGUCUAAAAAACGCAAAUUAUUGGAAUUGUCAAAGUCAUCGUUGGUGUCCAACAUCGGUGGCAUCAACUUAUCAAACGUGACAAAUACGACACAAUCACCGAUAACAGCACAAGUGGUUCCAAUGGUCAGAAAAGUUAUGCCAUCUGUAAAUGUACCGCAAAUCUUAGCCACGUCUGUCAAAACUUAUUCAAUCAAUCAAACUAUUUCUACGACAACAACUACUACUACUAAUAGUAAUAAUAGAAACAAUGCACUAAAGACUAUUUUAUUUAGUCCCACAAAAAUGGCUAAUGGACGACAGAUUACAUUAUUGCCUAAAAUAGCACCAAAACCGACACCACCGACGGUUAAUCCCAUUCAAGUGAUACCGACAAAGACCACGUUUGUUGAGUCUUUUCUCAUUUGUUUUCAUUGUCGGCAACGAGUGGCCAAUACGAGUGAACUGGAAUCUCAUCACCGAAGCACUCACCCGAAGCUAACAAUUGCCAGCUUUACACCCAAUAAGGCUGAUAUCAUAGCGCUGUCCAAACCUAUAACUUUAAAAUAUUGAUAAAAAUAAUUGUUAUUUAAUUCUAUCGACUCAUAAGACAUCACAUUUUAAAAUCUAUUCAUAAAUUUUAUUGGUUUUUUUCAUAUAAUAAAUAUUUUCACAAUUAGAAGUUUAAUUAACAUUUUAUAAACAUUUUUUUUAAUGAUAUGAUAAUAAUA